GAUAACGUUGACGGGCGUAAGGAUACCACGGGGCUACGCGUCGCUAGCAGGUGCACUGCGCAGGGGAACGAGGAAUAAACACCGAGAGGAACGAGUCCGCUGCUGACGGGAUGUUUUACCGUUAACACCACCGAGGUCACGUCACACCACGCACCGGAACCCCGCGCUUCCACCGGAGUAAUGUCACGAGCAGAUACCAUCGGCUGACCUUUUUUCUCCGGAGUGAUUCGUUCUCUACAAUUAGAAGCCACUCACUCAACUACCAACAAAAUGUCUGGGACCUACACACCCGCCCCGGGGGGGCCAUUCUCUGCUCUUACUCCAAGUAUGUGGCCUCAGGACAUCUUGGCCAAGUACCAUCAAAAAACCUCAUCAGAGCAACCAGAACUCCAUUAUGAUGACUUUGGCUUCAGAGUUGACACUGAAGACGGUGGGGAACCCAGGUCCUGGCUUGGCGCUGAAGGCUCACCCCAGCGUGAAGAUCCACAGCAGCGAUUGCGCUGGCAAGCCCACCUGGAGUUCACUCACAACCACACAGUGGGUGACCUGACCUGGGAGCUCAUUGACCCUGUGCUUCCACGCUCCGAGCGUCUGCGUUCCUUGGUGCUCGGUGGCAUACCUCACAGCAUGAGGCCACAGCUUUGGAUGCGGCUGUCUGGAGCGCUGCAGAAAAAGAGGACCACUGAGAUCUCAUACAGAGAAAUCAUUAAGAACAGCUCCAAUGAAGACUCCUCCACAGCCAAACAGAUAGAAAAGGACCUCUUAAGGACCAUGCCAACCAAUGCAUGUUUCAACACUAUGACCAGUGUUGGAGUGCCGAGGCUCAGACGGGUACUGAGAGGUCUAGCCUGGCUCUACCCGGACAUCGGGUACUGUCAGGGUACUGGGAUGGUGGUUUCCUGUCUCCUGCUCUUUCUUGAGGAGGAGGAUGCCCUAUGGAUGAUGUGUGCCCUGAUCGAAGACCUUCUCCCUCCAUCCUACUUCUCCUCCACUCUGCUCGGUGUCCAAACGGACCAGAGGGUUCUCCGCCAGCUCAUUGUUCAGUACCUACCAGCCCUCGACCGCCUUCUGCAGGAGCAUGACAUAGAGCUGUCGCUGAUCACACUCCAUUGGUUCCUGACAUCAUUUGCCAGUGUGGUGGACAUCCGUCUGCUGCUUAGGAUCUGGGACCUGCUCUACUACCAGGGCUCAUUGGUGCUCUUCCAGGUCACACUCGGGAUGCUCAAGAUCAAGGAGGAGGAGCUUGUAUCCUCAGAGAACUCUGCUUCCAUUUUUAAUACUCUGUCGGACCUGCCGAGCCAGCUGAGAGAUGGACCUGCAGUUCUUGGGGAAGCUAUGAGGCUAGCAGGGACUCUGUCCCAGGAAACUCUGGACGCCCACCGACACAAGCACCAAGCCUAUAUCCUUAAUGAACAGGCGCAGCUCAGCAAUGGGAACAACCCAACACACAACACAAAUCUCAACAAGGUGGUGAGAAGACAGUCGCUGCGCAGGAAGUCCACCCUGAGCUCCCUGUUGUUUGGGGAGGAUGAGGCAGAUUCUCUAAAAUCUAAGAACAUAAAGCAGACGGAGCUGGUCGCUGCCCUGCGAGAGGCCAUAACCCGUACUGCAGAGCACUUCCACUGUCUGGACCCGUGUCACUCCAGCACUGACCUGACUCCUGACUACUCCAUGGAGAGCCACCAGCGAGACCAUGAGAACUUCCUGGUUGUGUCCCGUAACCGGCGGAGACGGGCAAAGGCUUUGCUGGAUUUCGAGCGACACGACGACGACGAACUGGGCUUCCGAAAGAAUGACAUCAUCACUAUAAUCUCACAAAAGGAUGAGCACUGUUGGGUAGGAGAUCUAAACGGCCUCCGAGGCUGGUUUCCAGCAAAGUUUGUGGAGAUCCUUGAUGAAAGAAGCAAAGAGUAUUCAUUAGCAGGUGAUGACUCUGUGACAGAGGCAGUGACAGACCUGGCCAGAGGCACAUUGUGUCCGGCACUAAAGGCCAUUUUCCAGCAUGGUCUCAAGAAGGCGUCUAUACUGGGAGGGCCCUGUCACCCUUGGUUAUACAUAGAGGAGGCGGCCAGUAGAGAGGUGGAGAGGGACUUCAACUCUGUCUACUCAAGACUGGUGCUAUGUAAAACUUACAGAUUAGAUGAAGAUGGGAAAGUACUAACACCAGAGGAGCUGCUAUACAGAGCAGUACAGUCAGUCAACAUGAGCCACGACACAGCACACGCUCAGAUGGAUGUCAAGUUCAGGUCUCUGAUCUGCGUCGGCCUCAAUGAGCAGGUGCUACACUUGUGGCUGGAGGUGUUGUGUUCCAGCAUGGCUGCUGUAGAGAAAUGGUAUCACCCCUGGUCCUUCCUGCGCAGUCCUGGAUGGGUUCAGAUCAAAUGUGAGCUCAGGGUACUCUCAAAGUUCGCCUUCAGUCUCUCCCAGGAUUGUGAGCUACCCGACAAAAAACAGGAGAAGGAGCAGAGGCCGUUGAAAGAAGGCGUGCAGGACAUGUUGGUGAAACAUCACCUCUUCAGCUGGGACAUUGAUGGAUAGACACCCAGCUAAACAUGGCUGAGUCCCACCCCGUCCUCUGCGUCCGUUUAUAUUUGAUGUCUCCUCACUCGUGACUGUCCAUCAUAAACACAACACUAUUGUCUGCUACGUGAAGUGACCGCUUCACAGACACUCCAUAAUGACGACUGAAAGCCUCACGUCACCACCAAGGUCGAGUGGUUUGUUUGAGCUGAAUCAUGUGUGCAUUAAGGUGCAUACUUUAUUUUUAUUCAGACCCUCUAUAGGAUGUUUCCCUACAUAAAACUAGGUCAGGCACUCCUCUAGUACAAAACAGUCUGUACUCACUGGACUGCAACAUUUCUGGAGAACUGACUUCACUGAGCUUUCAGCUUUUUACAGCUGACAUGCCGUCCGUUCUCCGUCUACGGUAAAGGCAGCAGCAGGUGAUUCCAAACACUGGGCCUUUUUAACAUGGUCCCAAAUUCCACAUCAGCCUGUAAACUUCCCUAAAUGAAGACCAAAACAGAACAUUCCUGAACCCGGAGGCGUAAAGUUACUUAUUAUUUUAGAGGAAUGCUAAUUACCUCAAUAUCAUGAAUUCCCCCAAAUAUU